AUGAACCCAUCCUCCAGACCUUCUAAGCCUCCAAAGCUUGCUUCUCCGGCCCCGGCCCCGACCUCCCCUACGUCCCCGACCUCUCCGACCUCUUCCACCUCCCUGACGUCCCCGAUAUCAAAGAUUCCGCUUCCACAGCUGAAGCAGAGAAUCGAGCUUGCGAUAAAUGCCCGCCACAAUGGAUACACUACUGCCAGCGCCAUAAUCGUGUACUGGGAAGACGACAACACAGGUGCCGAAGUUGAUGCUCAAGCACUGGAGAAAGCUUUCAACGAUCUACUCGGGAUCAAGACGACAAUGUGGAAAAUCCUGGAUACGAAUCUAUUGCCAACUAUGUCUCUCAAAUCAAACGUCGCGCAGAUGAUUUUGCAGGAUCACUCCACUGGAAAUCCCCUUCAGACGCUUUUCAUUUUUGCGUAUGUCGGUCACGGUGAUAUAAUUACCAUCGGGGGCAGGUCGGAACGCGUUUUCAAAAGCCUAAAGCCUGGCAGACACAUUGUGUGGAACAACAUUCACGGCGUUAUGGAUGACGCCUACACCAGCACCCUCGCUAUUCUCGAUUGCUGCAAAUCAGGUCUCGGAGGAGUAACGAACCCCUCUGCACCGGCGGUUCAAGUUCUGGCGGCCUGCCAAGCAUCUGAGCAAGCCCGUGGCCGGGGUAUUCCUCGAGCCACCACCUUCACACAAAGACUUGUCGGCCAGCUUGACUGGGCGAAAAAGUUCAAAGAGCCAUUUAUCAAUACGGAAACACUGUUCCAGAGAUUGCAACUCACCAGAUCCUCGGACUCGCCAACCCCAUGUCUGCAGCAAAAUGGAGGACUUAAGCCAAUCUUGCUGAAUUUCAAGAAGAAACCAGCACCCCGAAGCCCCUCCCCAUCCCGCAUCCCUCGACCGAAGCUCCCAAAGCCCGACGCUCAACAUGUCCUCGUCAAGCUUACGCUCACAGGCCCCGAAGCCGAGAACAUAGAAGAUUUCGACAAUUUUAUCAGACGCUUGCCAGCACCCUUUCACGUGCGCCUGGUCGACGCGUUCAAGAGCAGUUCAUCUCUGGUGAUCAUGCGGAUGCGGUGGGAGACUUGGGCUAGACUAUCGACUGUGCUGGAUUUAGAUCCAAUCGGAGUGGUUACUGGAGACUCUUUGCUGCGCGGGACUGCCUCAGCCCCGGCCCCCGAGGUCCCUCAAGUGGGAGAAAACAUGCCCUUUCGCCCGGGACCCAGCAAGGAAAGUUACUGA